UGAAAAAUUCAUUUUUUGGAUACAAAUUAAGGAUAAGACGAAGCUCAGCGAACAGAAUUUACACAAUGAUUUGGAAAAUUUUUGUGAAUUUAUUAUUUACUGGUAUGUAUGCUUUAGUAAAUUCGGUUGAAGUACACUUUGAGACGUCCGACAGUGGAUUCUUCUUGAAACAUUCACCAAGACAAUCAGGCAAUACUGCUGCGGCUGAUAUAACCAGUAAUCCAGCCCGAACAAAAGUUGAUCAAGAAUCUAUUUUGUCCGUUGAUCGAUUUACAACUGUUCAAUCAACGCAACCAGUUUCAAUACGCGCCAGUUAUGGACCUUUUUCCACAAAACAGACCGUGCCAGCUCGGUUCAUAGUACCUGAUACAAUAGAAUCUCAAAAUGAUCAUACGCAGCAAAAUGCAACGGUAGCUCUGAUGGAACUUCAACAAGCCAAUGUUCAUCUAGACAUAUCAGCGCAUCUAGUCAAAUCAACAAUACCUCGAGAUUCACCAGUUUUGCGUGUUCUAUUUCAUGCUGGUGCUGAUCCAGGCGGUCAUCUGCAGCGCCAGAAGAUUUGUGUUUUAUUGCACGCAUCCAUGGCAGGUCGAACACCAUUAAAAGGACGAUGUAUGCCGGAAGGCGAAGAUGGUGUCUGUGUGGCUGAAGUCAUUAUCCCAUCCGCUUGGUGGCCACCUCUUCCACCUCCAGACAAAGAUGGUAGAUCUGUUUCGCAGAAGGUUCCACAGCGUAAUGUGCAGGUUUCGUAUAGCGUCUUCGAACCGGCACGAAAUCCGGAACAGUGUGAACCGAAGGUGCAAAUUCAGCCAUUGACACCAUUCGCUCAAGUUCCACUUGUUGCCGCUCUUACGGCGUAUAAAGAGUUAAGAGCUGAUGACACCUUGACCAUACUUAUACCACAUCAGCCAUUGUUUCCUAUGUCACGGAUACACGUACCAGUGUUUCUGCAACCUCAAGUUGGACAAAAUGUAGCUGUAUUCAUUGUUCGUGCUCGUGUAAAGGCCGGAAUGAGAAUACUCGGCGCGUCAGCAUCAUCUGAUCUGUGGAAUAUAUCAGUUGAAAAAGAAAAUCCGAAGCAUACUGUGGCCAGAGUAACAGCCUUCCGGAAAGACCAAGAUCCUGACAGUCCAACCAGAAGCGAUGAGACUGUGGAUGCUACUCAAGUGGUGGAGGUAUUUUCAUGGCUCUUGGAAGUAGCUAAUGAUACCAAAGAACAUUGGGAUGGUGGCAAGAUAGUGUGGUCCGUUAGCUACGUACACGACGGUCCGAAAAUGAAGGACCUAUCAAUUGAAAGCGCUAAUGGUCCGGAGGAAACAAGGAAAAAAUUGGUAGCCAAACUGGAAAUACAAAAGGAUGAUAUCCAAGCUGUGCUGCCGAUAUCAAAGAAUUGGGAAGUCAUGAACACAGCUGUUCUAACUGGACGUCAAGUGUCGCAGGCUUUGAAAGUUUUUAUUGUAUCACAAGGCGGAAAAGUAGCUGAUGUUACGCUACAGAGUUCGUGUCAUGCAGAAGACGAAAGUGUCAUAAAGGUUUCGUCAUCGUGUAGCUCAGUUUAUGUAGAUGGUUCGGAAGCAAGAGGCUCAUCAAAUGCAUCCAUAAUCGUGAAGUACGGAACAUAUUCGGGACUUGCACGUUUUAUUGUGUGGAUGCCAGAAUUUCCGUUAGAAGUCUCAGUUACCGAUUUUCGCCUGUCUCAAAUCAAAGGAUGGAAAAUUCCAGACGACAUGCAUUCAUUCAAUGCCAAAUCGAAUCGACGUAAACGGGCAUAUGGCUGGAAUCGGCAUGUUGAUGAUUUUGUCAAUGGUGUUUCGAUGGAAAGAACAACAUGCCGCGCCAGAUAUCAACAAAGUCCGGUUGAGGUUUACGCACGAUUCCUAGCAAUUGAUCAGGACUCCGGUCGUGUAAGCUACCUAAUAUCUAGACGGACUGGACUUCGUGUUACCGAUUUGGUGCAGCCGUUACUUCGGGUCGCCGAUCCGAAAAUUGCUACACUUAGAGGUCGAAUAUUGCAAGGUCGUGCCAUGGGACGUACAGAUGUGCAAGUACUGUCUCCGAUAACCGGCCGUGUUAUUGGCGCAAAAGAAAUUCGGGUCGGAAGCGAUCGAGUAAGCAUCACCCGGCUGCUGGUACGGGUAGUUUCUGGGCUGCAAUUGAAUAUAACACCAGACAGCGCUAUAGAAAAUGGAUAUGUGGCAGAGACAUCGGUGACAAGGAAGUUAACAGCACAGUACCAAGAGGGAUUGUUGGAUAUUGAUUUAGAAUUUUCUGACGGCGCUAGAACACCAUUGAGGGAUGUGUCGGUCGACGAUUACUUUUUGCUAGUUGAGAGUUUGGACACCGAAGUGGUGGCAUUCGCACCGAUGCUGGCAUCUCAUCAUCCACGUGUCAUUGCUGUUGGAGAAGGCAGUGGAAAUUUGUUGAGAGUGAACCUGUUGCUAUCGGAAGAGUGUAGGCUAAGACGCAAUAUCCCUUUGCUGAAACAGGUGAGAGAACAUGGUUCAAAGUCACCUCCUGGUCCGUUGGCAAGUGCUCUAGCUGCUGUUCAAGUGGAUUUUAACUCAAAUGAUUCAUCUGGUCGCUCGGAUACCGUUCAAAAUGAUGGUAUUUCUGGGAGGGAACGGAAAAUUUCACGUGAUUCUAGCGAUCUUGCUGAUAUUCUUAUCGGAAUACCCAAAGAUGACAGCAUUCAUGAACCGUCGAUUCAAGCGAGACAGCACAGAGGUGGUAUGUCGUCAAUAGGUCGUCAUAAUUUCCCUCACGAUAUGUCGUCCAUGGAAAUCGGAAUGUAUGUACUGCUAACUGUAUUCUGCUUUGCUAUACUCGUAUUUGUGGUCGCUUGCGUUGUGUACGCUUCAAAGUUUCGGCCGAUUUCGAUGGACAAUGACAUAAAAAAUCGAAACAAAGAUCGUACGAACAGUUUGCGAAUAUUACGUGGACCGAAGAAAAUUUCGGAAUCGACAACAAACGCACAUGAUUGGGUGUGGCUAGGCCGGUCGACAAUGGAUCGGUCAUCUAUGGUUCAAGAUGGUAACGGAAAUGCGCAUAUUGUUAAUAACCAGAGAGACUCAAGAAUCCGCAUUACCAGCAAUCCAAUGAACCUUAAUUAUGCCGAUCCGGAUGACACAUUAGUUGAAGUGACAUGUUUCGAUAAUCCCAAUCACAUUCGGUUGCCGGCAACAAAUAAUAAUAAUUCCAUUGACACAUCCACUUAUAACAAGCGAGACAAGAACAAAAAUGGCAUUGAAAAAGACAUUCCUCCACCUCUCCCUCCACAUGGUGUACUCAGCACAAACGAUAAUAACUCGCAAAAAGAAUACCGGCCACCGGUACCUCCUCACAGAAACGUUGGCGUGAGCACCGCUCCUAAAAUACCGGAAAUCAUAUUCCCACCGAAACGAUACCACCAUCACAACAAACAUCACCGGAAUAGCGGACACUAUCAAAACAAAAAAACCAACGGCAACGCUAAAGACGAUCUGGCAUCGAAAAGCGAUGAACAAGACCACACCAAUCACAAUUUCAAUGGAAAUGAAUCUCAGUCGUUAGACUCGUGUCGAAACGAGGCAUUCGAUCAACAAAUGUCGAAUGUUGCCCACGUGGAAGCAAUGGCAGAAGAGCUGCAUAUGGCAGAAAAAUUGGUGGAAAAUGCUGCACUGCAACAAAAAACGGCAUUCCAAUUCGAUACACUAACGCCGAAGACGAAACACAGCGACGAAGAUGAACCGACGCGAGAUGAUUUCGUUGUGGAAAAGAAGUGGAAACCUCAUUUGCGCGAAGCUAGAUCACUUUCAGGCUCUUCCUUGCAAAAGAACAAAGCUAAAUCCGAAUACAGUCUAAGCGAUGACGGUGGCUUUGUGACAUCAUCCGAAGAUUUAAAGUUAUCAAAAAAGGUGAAACGAGCAACGGUUGUUGGUAAUCAAAUGUUUUCGAGAGACUCAAAUUCCGAUAUGGGUCCAACAGAAAGUCUUGGUCUGGACGAUCUAGACAUGGAUUACGAGCAAAUUAUGCAUUACUUUGACAACUUAAAGGAAUCCAACGCAUGAGUGGAAGAGAUCAUUGCAAAGAUCAGAGAAAUAUUGUCGACAUUUCAACAACAGUAUAAAAACGUUGCUGUAGUCAGUGCAAACAGCCCGUCAAUUCCAAGCAUAAACGAUCCGAAUUUCGAAUACUUUUUCGAACACUUGAGUGAAUCAUACGCUUAAAAAUGAAUUUUUAAUUAGAGGAUAUUAUUUACGAUAUAAGGGAUUUAGUGUUAAUAAAAUAAAUGAAAGGAAAAUAAAACAAGAAAUUAUUAUAAUUAAUUAAAAAAAAUUAAAAUAGUUAAAUCAAGUGAAAAACAAAAAAAAAACAAUUUUCUACUCAAAAACGAAAAGCAACAAAAAAAUUAACACAAAAUGCUCGGUAAAUAAGAUUUCAGUUACUUGGAAUGACAUUGUACGACAGAAUUUCUCGAAAUUUUACAUUUAAUUUAAAUGUAACCUAAGUGUUUUAAUGGGAAUAGAAACUAAAACAACAAAUCUAUUACAUCAAUAGAACUGAUAUAAACAUUUCUAAUAUCACGGGGAAAAAACAACAAAACAAUCAAAAAAAACAUUAAAUGACUUUGCAGUGAUCAGAAAACGAAAAGUCAACCAAAAACAAAGACAAAAGAAACCUUACCUGACUCUUCCGAUAAAUUCAAGCUCUAUACGCAGAAAUUGCCGAUGAAUCUUUAAUGCAGAAACUUUAUGUGAGAUGUGAGAUUUGUUUGUUUUUAUUUUUCAGUUUGUAUGUUUGCUCAAACUAUAUACAAGAAAGGAGUGAAAGUAUAUCUUUUUCGGUAUGCCAGUGUCAUCGUUUUAUAACAAAUAGGAGGUGAAAUAUUAGCGAUGGGAGUUGGGUGUUGAACUGCUUGCUUGAAAUUUUAAAAUAUUCCAAUAUACCUUUCCGAAUUAGGAAUUUCGACGAAACGAUUUAUGAACCUAGAACUGUAAAUGGAUAAAUGUCUUAACGAAGGGGAUGUAAAACACUCUGAUAUUUUACCCUCGAACUCGAGAAAUAUAAAUUUACAGUUCUUGGUACAUACAUAAGUUUCUAUACGGCUGUAAAUUACUAGACUGUACCGAGUCCAGAACUAUAUGAAGAUUAAUGUUACAAGCAUGUAAACGGGAAUUUGAUGUGUGAGAAGUGGUAAUUUGGUUUUUCAUUUCAUGAACAUAAAAUUCUCUGCAUAGUUCUUAUAGCAUGAAUCGUUUUGUUUUUCUUAUCGCACUAAAAAGGAAGUGAUCCAACGAAAAACCCAACCACACCUUCACGAAUGUAUUUAUACCAAUUUGAAUGUUGUAAUUAAAGAGAAAAUUGUAUGUUCUUACGACAAUUGCAGUUCUACAGACUUGUCACAAGAACAACUUGACGAAAGAAAGACGAAAAGAUUUUUUUUAUUCACGGUUUUCAGUUCGACAAAUUAAUGUUUCUGAACGAAUAAAAACCAUGAAAAUUCUUAAAAUAUCGAAUUGAUCGAUUAUAUUAUAGAUCGCUUCAACCGAGCGCUGUAGUAUUUUCUGAACCUUUUUUUUCUUGUCGCGUAUCGCAAUUUAAAGCUUAAUUAAAAUAAAGCUCACCUGUCGGUAUACAAUUCCAAAGUUUUGAACUUCAUAUCGGAAAUAGGAACACUUACAGCAGUAGUAAAUUUUGCAAAAAAUGUAUGGCGGCUUGAAGUUCAUCGAAAAUGACCCUGUCAUCUACACAGCAAUAAUGUGUCUUGUAAAAAUGAUUUGAAAGCGCAACAUAUUUCAUUAUGCUGUUCAGCUGAAAUAGCACAUAGAUCGACCAUAAUAAAACAAAAUUGAGGGUUUCAGUCAUAAGGUGUCCUUCUUCAAUUGUAAAGGAACUGAAUCUCAACGAAUUGAAAUUAUGGAUUCUAAUCGUAAAGGAAUCUCGAUCAAAAUUUUUAAUUAAAUUACAAGAACUUACCACUUCAUCAAAAUGUUUUGGAUCCAUGUUUCAUUUGUAAAACGAUGACACCGACAAAUUCUGUUUUAUGCUUUAAUAUUUCCUCAACGGUUUUUUUAGUUUAAAUUUUUAAUUGUAAAAAGGGCAAAGUGUAUACAUGUGAAGGAGUGUAGUAAAUGGAGUAAUUGAAUAAUUUGGAUUUGUGUUAAAAAAGAGGAUUCAUGGAGCGAUUUCUUUCGAUAUAAAAACUUGAAUUGAACAGAAAAUGGCACGAAAUUAACAACAUCAAAUAAAUAAAAUUCUACAAUACUAUUAUUGAACUCAAUUAUUAAAAGAAAAUAAUAAUAAAAAAAAAUAAAAAAUAAACUUAUGUAGCAUUCUAGUCAUCCAUAGAUUAUUAAACGAAAAAAAAAAAUUAGGUACUGAGCAAGUUAUUGAUAUGCAGCUUUAAUAAAAUACAUACAAAUGAUUAAUGCCAUAAUAAAUGUAUUGUAUUGAUAUAAAAACAAGAAAAAAAUGAAAAAAACAAAAUGAAUGUAAUAUUUACAAAAAAAAUUUAUAUUAAAUUACUUAUAAUUAUUGAAUCUUUAUUAAGUAUACUGCCUCUCUCUAUAUAUGAAUAUAUUUAUAUAUAUACAAUUAUAUCAACAAAAAAAAAGAAAAAAAAACAACAACCAGGACUCAAACAAAAAAAAAAACACUCAAUACACACAUGUUUAUUUUCUACACAUUCGGUAAACAUUUUACCAAUUUAUUAACUAUUAUUAUACGUCGGGCUAAACGAUCAUAUCAAAAUAUAGUUUAAAUGAAUGAAACAAAUAAAAAGUUAGUUUCUAAUUUUAUUUAUAAAAAAUUUUAUUUAUAAAAUUUUCUUUUCUUCUUUUCUUUGAAUAGAAAGUCGUUGAUAUUAUUAAUUUAUUGUUUGUUUUUUUCCUCAAUCUUUUCUUUCUGUUACAAACAAAUUCAAAGGGAAACUUAGCAAGUUUUGUAUAGUAUUCUUAAAUGGUUAAAUUUUCUUUCUAACAAAUUUGUUGCACGUUAUUCCGAUCGACAACUGUUUCUUUCUCUUUAAAUUUUUGUUGUUGAUAAUAUGGCAUUUCAAUGCGAUUAAAUAAUUCCUUUAAAAAAAAACUUCUUGGAAACUCGAGGAAAUUUUAGAACUUUAUUAAAAAUAUAAAAAAAAACUCACAAGAGAGACAUUCAGAACCCAUCCCCCGUAAACAACCCUGCAUAAUCUACAGAGUUCAUUGAUUUUCCAUAAGUUCCGGUUUGUAAAUUUGUUUUUUCGGCAAGUGUGAGGUUUGCGAAACGAGCCGAAGGUGAGUGAAACAUCCUCAUAAGUCAAAAUAAGAAUUUACAAGCAAUUACGAGAGAUAUUUUACAUGCCAGUAGGAGUGCCAGGAGUUGGGAACUAAAGUAUGCAAAGUUGACAUGUAAAACUGUUUAUGUAAAGUGGUAUCUCGGAUCUCGAUAUAGUCAUAUUGCAUCUCGAUCCGAUAUAACAUUUUUAGGAAUAUUUUGGAAGUUUCAAAUAAAUUACAAUGUGGACACAUACUGCCGCUUGAGUUAAUAGAUAAUUCUUCUGAUAACAUACACCAUAAUCAGAUCCUGAAAUUAAAUUUUGAACUUUUUUAUGGAAUUUUCAGAAUUUAAUUCCAAAAGUAUGCUUUGCACAUAAUCUAGCCUCAAAAUGGAGGAGAUAACAAGUCUUAAUUUCUUGGACUUUUCUAAGAUUCUUUUGUUAAAGUCCUUGACUACUCAGGUAAAAUUCAUAGGAGCUUGCAAAAAAGCCCUUUAUGAAUAAUAGUAAAACAAUCAAAAGCAAUAGCUUUCUCGCACCAGAAUGUGAGAACAGGAUCUUGGCAACGUACAUGGCUCAAACCAGCGUUCACUUCAUUACACUCUCAGAAUUCUACCAAAUUCCAUAGAGUUUUAGGAGAGAACGAACGGAUUUCUGUGAGGCUUUAUAUAAUUCUAAGAAUUUUGUGAAGGUUACACUGGAAAGGAAAAACAUAUUUAAUUUAUAAUUCAUAGUUCAUAAUUUCAAGACUACGACAAUCGAUCUGUGACACCCAUAACAUUGUCUUCACUCACUACUCAGCCACAUUUUUAGUCUGAGCAAUGCGAUAAAAAAAAACGUUACAGGUAUAGUUUUUGAAUGCAUUUUUGAUCACUAGCUCUACUGACCCUGUUGUGGCAGAAAUGCACGUCAAUAUAAAGACAUCACGUCGUGCAACAUGUGUCCAUUUAGGAGUUAUGAGCUUAUUUUAGAAAGAUUGCGGUAAUUCACCGACAGAAACUUGUAAGUUUUAUAGUCUGAAAAUUAUUCGUUAUCUCAUAGUUAUCUCUAAAAAUUGGGCUGCAUUGAUUUUCUUCCAGUUUCUCAUUGAAUGACUGUUUUCCAUCAACAAAAAUUUAAUACGAAAAAAAUGUCUGAUUGAGUAACUUGCAUCCUUUAUAGGCGGAGAAAAAUAAGAAGGCACAAUAACAAUUCAAUUCUUUUUAGUCAUUCCACAUGACAAUGUUAUAGACAUUGACGUAUGUAUAUAUAUAUAUACGUGUAUUAACAAGUAUUUUUCAUGUGGAAUGAAUAACGCCAAUUAAAUUGUAAUCACUGAAAAUGUGACUUCUCUACUUUCUCGCGCUGUAUUUUUUUUUCCUGUCGGCUAAUUUGCAUUGCACAUUUUUUAUUUAGGUAAAAUAUCAAACAAAUAGACCAAAAAGUAUGUAUUUGUGUACACACACACCUUUAUUAUUUAUUGUAAUGUAUAAUUGUAAUGUUUGUAUAGUAAAACAAAAAGAAUAUAGACAAUGUAUAUAAACAAAAAAAAAAUAUACAAAAUAAAUUAAAUGAAAAAUUAUUAUUACUACCAAUAUAAAACAAGUAAAUACGAAGCAAAAUUUAGUACAUAAGUGAGUAUAUACACACACACACAACAUUUACAAUAAAGAAAAAAGUAUAAUUAAUUUGUGUCUUCAUUGGAACAUGAAAAUAUAUUUGACUUUGAUAAUCGAUAGCUACAAAAAAAUGAAGCUUUGCACAUGCACACAAUAAUCAUAAAAGAAAAAAAAACAUUUGUUAAAGAAAAAUAUAAAAUGAAAAGUGGCUUGUAAUACUUGUCUCAGCAAAUAAAUUUAAAAAUAAAAAAAAGUAAAAUAAAAGUAAAUCUCGCCAAGACUAUGCUUAAUAAACACACACAAUAUUCUGCUUAUCCUAUCGUAUUCUCCAUCGGUUAAUGUUCUUUCCAAUUCAUUGAUUCAUCGUCAUUAAUUGUCCAUUUUUUAUAUUUGGUCAUUUUUUGAACAUUUCCAUCCGGGUUUUUCACAUUUUAAUUUCAAAUCAAAAAUAUAUUUAUUGCAUAAUGAUAAGUAAAAAUACUUGUGUUUAAUGGAAAUUAUUGGAAAUUAUGUGUAGCAUGAUCUGAAAAACACUUAUCCUUUGAUGUCACUAUGGAAACGCUUUUGGUUCAAAGAUAUGAAUGCAGUCGCGUGGGAAAAUUUAUUUAAAAAAAAAAACUUUUAAAGGAUAAUCAAAAUCAAAGGAAACUAUACUCGUGGCAGCUGUUUCUAUUCUUCUUCCUUUUUUAUAAAAUGUAAUUGAGUAAAAAGUCACUAAAAUUCGAGCCAUACAAAAGACGUUUUGCCACGGGGUAGUUUGCAAUUUUCUAGAAUUAAAUAUCUGUUAUUGCGAGUAUUAGUGGCACUAAAAGUUUGAAACUCUCACAGAUUGAAAUACAAAGCAAUGUCCACAGAAGAACUAAAACUAUUGAGGGCAGAGACCAUUCUUUCGGAAACUUAUUUCCAGCAGGAAUUUCUUGAAUCUCACAUCUACAGCAAUAAAAUUAUUCACCUCAAAUAAAAACUAAAUCAUUUUUCUUAAUUUAUUUUUUAAAAAUAUUAUUCGAGAUCAUCAAUCGAGAACACACCGAACCACACAACAAUCAUAUUUAACUGAUAAAAACUGACUUUGAGUUAACAUACCCAGCAACACUGGGAUCAAUCAAUCAAACAACCACCACAUAUAUGUAUUCACAAGAAAAGACUUUUGUAUUUCAGCUUUUGAAUCUUUCACGCCAUAUUUACAAAUUUAAAAAAAAUAAUCGUUAAACGUUAACCGUUUCGGUUUACAUUCAUUAGUUGCGCGUUCUUCGAAUACUGUUUUCCUUUCUAAUAAACAACGCAAAAAAGGAUGUGAGAUACCAAUUUUUCAAACAAAUAAGAAAAGUACUUACUAUAGUAGCAACACUGGGAAACGGGGUGCUACCGAGAUAUGAUAAGUAUUAAGGAGAUAUUUUCGCUUUUAACUCUUUAUACGCUUUUUUGAAAAAAAAAACAUUUCUUUCAAUUGGACACUAAAAUGUUUUUUAUUUUAACGGAAAAAAAGAAGAAACAAAAAUAUUUUAAAUUUUUAAAUAAAAUUAUUAAUUAUGUCAAUUGAAUACACCCUAGAUUUGAAGAACAUGAAAACAAAUUAAAUUAUUAUACAAUUUAAUUAAACAAAAAAAAAACAAAAAUAUUCAAUUAUACUUAAAAUAUAUUUGGAAUGAAUGGUGAAAAUACACACACUUAUAAUUAUUUAUAUGCGUUGGAGAAAAUAAAAUAAAAACAAAA